AUGCAUAUAAUACAAGAAAAACUGUGUAAGAUAAAAAAAUUACUAGAAUUGCAGAGAUUUCAAAAAGAUGAAUCAAGAGAAAAUUUAAUUAAAUUGCUUAGGGAAUUAUAUUUAAUCUACAUGUUUUAUGAUACUGAAGAUACGAAUAGCGAAAAUCAUACGAACAAUGGAGAAAAAAUUUUAAUGAUAAAUUUAAUAAAAUUAAUUGAAAAGAAAACGGCUAAACUCUUUUCUUGCUAUCCAAACAUAUGGAAAGGACAUAACUCUUCUUUUUUUUUUUAUAUAUUAUCAACUCAAUAUGAGGAUAGAAAUUUAAAUACCAACUUUUUUGCAGUUUUAAAAUAUUCGGAAAAUGUGUAUACAAAUAUAUACAUAUCUUCAUUACUAUUUAGUUCUGACCAUUUUUUAAUCAAGAAAAAAACUUUAAAAUUUAUUUUUUACAAGUAUGUUUUAUAUAAUGGAAAUAAAAAUGUACCCACACAAAUUGAUAACAAUGAGAAAAAGGAAGAAAAAGAGGAUAUACUUAAUAAAAAAGCGAAUUUUGCUAACUUCUUAACGGGAGAAAAUGACUAUAUAAAUAUGUCAGAACAAAUGAGUUGCUUCUUCUUUUCCGUAAUAGCUCAUUUGAUUAAGCAAGACUACAUUGCGCUUCUCAAAAAAAGGAAAAAAGAGAAUGAUGAAGUUUGGCUAAAGCGAACAAAAAAACAAAUGGAGAAAGGAAAAGGGAACACAAAAACUAAUUACAUCAAUAAAAUGAUUCAUUAUGUAGUUAGUAAAAAUAUUUUCGAUAGUCACUUUAAUCAUUUAGAGGGUACUAUAUUUAGUGAAAAUAUAAAAUUAAAUGAAAAGAAUAAUACAUGUAAAAACAAUUCUUCAGAUGACGAAGAAUAUGAUAAAAAAAAUAAAAAAUUAAGAACCAUAAAAAAAGAAAAUAUGUAUUAUAAUACAGAAAAAGAUACAAUUCUAUGCUGUGAAAUAAGAAAUUAUUAUGAUGAAAACUUUCUAAAAAGUAUAUUUUUAUAUGUAAAAAAUUUGUUUGAAGAGUAUGAAAAAUUAUUAACACAAGAGAGUUACGAAACUAAGAUAAAUAAGAAUUACAUUUCUUGCUUCCUAACCCAAUGUGUAACAAUUUUGUUUAACAUAUGUUGUCUUAACUCAGAUUUAAUAAAUAAUUCGUAUGAUUUAAUCAGAAAUAUAAAAAGGAAAUUACCAAAUUAUAUGAAUACUUCUAUUGUUGUUUCAAUAGCUGAGUUUAUAUUAUUCUUUUCUUCCGAAGAACAAUUUGUUAACGUAUCAAAUUAUUUAUUUAUAUUUAUCUCAAAAGAAUACAAAAAUUAUUUAACAGCCAUAACUUUUUUUGAUUUUAUCAGGAAAAAUAUUAACAUACUUAAUAAGAGAAAAUUUUUUUUUAAAAAAUAUUGUUUUGUAAUUUUGAAAAUAUAUUUUUACCAUUACAGAAUAUUUAAUAAUGACUUAAUUUAUUUUUUGCCACAUUUAAUAUAUGAAAAUAAUUAUAAGGAUGUGUUUUCUUUUCUUUUGCAUGCUCCCCUUUUAUUAGAUAACGAAAAUGUGGAGAGAGCCGUAGGUGCGAAUCUAUUCAAAAAAACGAAUAAAAUAUUACAACUGCAUAACGGAUUCAAGGAGCCAUGUGAAGAAGGUAAGGAAAAAGUAUUAGUUCUGGAAUUAGACAAUCUUCAAUUUAUCAGGGAAGCAAAAUGUAAAAGAAAAGUCAUGGAUAUAGUGCAAAACAUGCAUAAAUAUUUUAAGAUUUAUUUUGAGGCUAUUUUAUCAAGCGAACAAGAAUGGAUAAUUGAAAUAACAAAAGUGAUAUUACAUAAAUUAAGAUGUUCAUAUAUUCUUGAAAUGUUAAAUAGGGAAAGUAUAAAAGAAAUAUUAAAAAGUUUAAAUGAUAUAAUUAAUAGUAAUUCAAGAAUACUGUUAAUUUUGAAAAAUGAAUUUAUAAAUUUGUUAAGAAAUGAAUCAAAUUAUUAUUUUUUAAUAAAUACAAAAGUACUGGAAAUGUUAGCACAAAAUAUUAAGCAUAUGAAUAUUAAUUAUGUUAAAAUUGAAGAUUAUUACAUAACAUUGAAUUCUUUAUUUUCAAAUGAAAAUUUUAAUCAAUUAAAAUUUUGGGUAUCUUUAAUUCAUGCUUUUACAAACAUAGCGUUAUAUUGCCACGAUCUGUCUAAUAACAUUCUAAAUACAUAUAAAAAUUUCAUUUCUCAAAAUAAUGUUACCUUAAUAAUAAAACAUGCUGUGAUUGAAAAUAUUAAUAUUAUAAAAAACGUAGCAUAUGCUAAAAAUGUAAGUUAA